CACCAGGCUAGCAUACUCACCAUGUAGAAAGGACUAGCUAAAAAAGCUCCAAUGCAACCUGAAACACCACCAGCCACAACACACCUCCAUGCAACAAGCCUGCCGUCGCGAUCUCGAACCAAGGAAGAGUUGACAACAUGUUGAUAUGUACCAAGCCGUGCUCCAUUCAUCACUGCUUGAUAUGCAAGACCUGGAACCAGUCCUUUCUGUAACGCUGUGAUACCAUCUACCCGAGCUAUGGUGUAAAACGCAUGGAAAACAUUUCGAUAAUGUCUGGCAUAUGUCCCUCUCGCUUGAAGUUCACCUUGUAGUUGCAUUCGAGUUUUCACAACUUCCAAAGGGUUUGUAAAAAUACAUGCUCCACAAGCGGCUGUUGAGCCAAUUAAAAAUUCAGCUAUGUUGUCCAUCACCAUGAUGUAUGUAUAAAUUGUUUAAUUUGCUACAACCUCAAAACACUUACUAGCUAGGGGUGUCUUAUUUCCUUUUAUUCAGUGUGAUUUUACAGAGUGUUUGCACAUGUAUUUACCAUGGAUAGUUACAUUUUCCUCGACAAUAAUUCUGGUUCUUUCAUAAAAACCAAAAACAAGUUUGGAAAUUGGAAUGUCUGUCAGAUAAACUGAGGAUAAACACAAAAAGAUUGGGCACUAGUUAUAUGGAAAAACAAAAUGGCCGCAAAAUUUGGCGGAUUUUUUAAAUUUUUUAUUUAAAACCCUGAUUUAUUUUCGUCUAAUAACGGAGAGAGUUUGCACAAACAUUUUAAUGGAUAAAGCUGUCUUACCUGCAUCGAAAAAAAGCAACUCACCGCCUGAGAAGACUUUAAAAUUACUUCAUGAGAGAUUGGACCAAGCCGAAAACGAAGCGAAAAAGCUAUCUGAACAUUUGUCAGGAUACGGUUUCAAUGCCGAUGCUGAGACACCACAUAAUGUUUCAAGACGAAGCGUUAUUGAAGCUAUAACUCCUUUUGAAGUCGAUAAAUAUGAUGUCGGAAAAUAUGAAGCUUUGAAGAGCAAUUAUCAAGAAUUAGUAGCGCGAGUAUGUCGCACAGAAAGCACAGUGCACUCUUUGAAGCUUGCUUUGGUGAGUCUGGAAGCAGAGAAGACUUUAAUGAAUAGAGAUUCUGUCGCUGGAACGCUUAGCGCAAACGAGUCGUAUGAGAAAAAGUUGAUGAAAUUGAAAAAAGAUUUGGUUAAUACGAGAAAAACUCUGGAUGAAAGUGAGACAUUUCGAGCUCAGACUGAAGUGGAUUUUCAAAAAUUGAGAGACGUUCUCAACAUUAAAUCUGGUUCAAAUGUAAAUGUAGUGAAAAAAGUACUAGAAAUUAAAGGAACAAGAGAUAAGUUGACAAAACAGCUUAAUGAGGUAGGGAAAUUUUACACUAUACUCAAGACAUUCACUGAAUAUAUACACCCUCAAUUUAUUACUUGGGUAUGGUAUAGGCACAGAAAAAGAACCGUACAGAAGGUAAACGUCUUGGUUUUGCACUUUUGCCUAUGAUUUUGGCAUAACCGUUACAAUGCUGUCUCCAUGUUCCUACCAAUUGUCCCUACCUUAUGUGCCUGUACUUAUGAGAGGCAUUCACCCCCCUGAAAAUAUUCAAAAUGACUGAUGUUCAGGGGGGUGAAUGCCUCUAAUAAGUGCACUGGCUAGGAACAUGACACGUGUAUUUUGAUGAGAAAAAUCAUCUGGCAUUAGACAGAGUAAAAUAAUACUGUAAUAUGGCACAUUAGGGUGUGAAUAAAUUAAAUUUGUUAAUGUUUAGCUUAGAGAAGAACUUCAUCAUGAAAAAAGCUUACGUCAAAAUUUUGAAGAUUCACAUGAAGAUCUCUUGAGCCGGGUCAUGGAAAUGGAAAAACUGGUUGAAAGAGAAAAUCAUGAAAUGAAAUUAUUGUCUGGGGAUUGUGCAAGAUUAAAAAAAGAGUUAAAUGAAACAAGAUCACAAUAUGAUAGAGAAUACCAGACUAGAAUGCAACUAGAGGGCUUCGUAGAAAGAUUGAGACGUGAUACAGGUAACCAGCUCUGUUGAAAUGACAUUGUGUAAGGGUGUGCAGGUAGGGCUGGGUCUAACAACACCCUCCGCCAGAGAAUGGAGAGGUUUGACUUCUGCUACUGCUACCAUUAAGGGAUCAUUAACCAAUCAGAUUGUUUAUUGCGUUUCUCACUCAUUCGUGUGUGUGGAUGUCCCAACAGGCUAUUGCCAAUUUCAUAAGGGAUCUGCGGUACCUACAAUUUUAACGUCCUUAUCCAAGAGUGAUAGCAGUUGGUAGCAGUAGUGGAAGUCAAUCUGAACCUCUCUAAUGUUUUAGGACUGUAUUUCCUUCACUUUCUAAAAAGGAUUAUCACCUCACUGUGCUACAAUUUAAUCAUGAUCAUACACAAAUUAGCGCUCUUUUAUUUAAAUCCUGUUUCACAGAUUGUAUUACUUUAAUUGGUAAAUAAACAGUGAACAAAAUUCUACUGUAUGUGCUGUUUCCCAUGAAAUAGAAUAAAUGAUAUAGUAGUUUUAGUUUGUGGAAAACAUCAAAUUUAUUAUAUCAAUCCACAGUUUCGUUUUGGGAUCACAUCUUAAUCAGUAAGAGAAAAUUAUGGAUUCAAAGCUUUGCAAUAUUAAUAAAUAAAACAGUGUUUUCCAUAGGUACCAAAAUAAUUAUGUUUAUUGCCAUGCAAUGCAUACAAAUAACUAUAUAUUAUAAAUUAAUGAAACCUAGGAGUUAACCAGAACAAUAUGAGAACAUGCAUGUAUCCUUCUGUUGCAGUACUGGAUCAACAAGUGAUGACUGGACCUCUAGGAACAAUAUUAUAUGUUUGCUUCUUUCAAACAGCAGUGAUAGUAAUUUUACCGUAAACGUAGUACAACUCUUUGAAUGAACAGCUAGUAUAAUUCUAUUUUCAGAGGAAAUGGAGUCAAAGCUAUUAAAUAUUUCGAAUGAAAGGAAGGUAAUAAAUUUUGUAUAUUAAUUAUUUCUUAAAUUGACUGCAAUCUGUAAGUAUAAAUUGGAUUAAAUCCUCGUGGUUUGUUGAAGGCUUUAGAUUCCAACAUGGUCAAAUUCAAACGUGAAAACAAAGAGUUAAAGCAACAACUGGAAUUUCUAAGAAAAUCAAGUGAAACUCUAAAGGUAGCUUUGCCAUUAAUAAAUCUUGGAAAAAUCCAUCAAAUCAAGUUUGUUUCUACCAAAUACCAUUUAUAGGACUUUUAAGGAAAAUAGAAAUGAAAGAGUAUACAAUUACAGAUAAUGUUAGUUUGGGUUUCGGAAUUAUUUUUGACGUUAAUGUUUAAUUUUGGACUUGGGGUGCAAAGGAUCAAGCUCUGUAAAAAGCAAUUGUUUAUUUGAUGUUAGGAGGUAAAUUUAGACUUGGAAAAGCGCUACAAAGAAGCGAAUGAAGCUCUGUCUUUGACGGAAAACGAUAACAAGAUUUUGCUCGCAAAACAUCGUGACUCUGUUGAAAACGAGAGACGAAUAUUUGGUGAGAAACUAAAAGAGCAAGAUAGAUUACUUGAUGAAGCCAAAGAAAGUAUCCUACAAGAACUGAGGAAAGAAAAGCAAGCAAUCUUGAAAAAAGAGAAAGAAAUGUAAGAAAAGUCCACUGGGACGGGUAAUACCAACACAUUCUCAAGAAUACAGUCAUCUUCGAAAUAUGAAUUAAAACAAGACAAUUUUUUAUAGUUGGUUUAUUUAUAUAUUGAAUAUCACGAUUACCUUCUUCUUUGGAAUCUGUUUCUUCUUUGCUUAAUAAUGUUCUUAUUUUUCUUUCCCUAACCGUAUUUUUAUAGUAGAACAAUAGUAGGAGCGUGAUUAACGUGAUCUACAGUAUCAACGACACUGUUUAAAAAACAGUACCAAAACAAUAAGAGCGAUCCAUCAAGGACACUGACACUGUGUUUUAAAAACAACACCAAAACAAUGACUAUAUUAUUAUUGUUUUUCGUAAACAGUGUAAAGCUUAAAGAAGAAAAGAGCUUGCAACAGAAAUUGUUGAAGGACAAGGUAUAAAUAAUAAAAAAACGUUUGUGGAAGAUUUCUCUACAGCACUCAUUGACAACUGGUAAACAGGGAAAGAUGUACUUCUUCUUCUACAAAUUGAGUUUUGUAUUCAUCGUCACGCCCAAUGCUGGAUCCCCACGGUUUCUGAUUUUAUAAAUAGGAUUAACUGAUUAAUUUGUGAGACGUUGAAAUAUUUGUACCUAAAAAGAUAACCACAGAUCUGAUGUUCUGAGUUCUUAAGAGGUAGAGAUUUGAUUGUUCAAUAAAGAUUAUUGUUGUUGCUGUAGGAUGUGGAAUUGUUGAAUCUAAAAGAUAUUUUGCAAAAGUUAACUACAGAUCGCGAAAAAAUGAUUGAAGAAAAUGACAAAGUGUUGGUCGAGGUAUAGGCGUUUGUUAUUGUUGCAUGUCGUUGGUUGUUGUUGUUGUUGUUGUCGUCGUCGUCGCAUUAGCGCUGUUGUUGUUGCAUUAGCGCUGUUGUUGUUGCAUUAGCGCUGUUGCUGUUGUUGUUGUUUAUUAUUUCUUUGUUAUUUCCUACAGAUCAAACGAGAUUUAGACCGGUUUGUCUCUGAAAAAAUUUCUCUUGUAACUGAGCUUGAUGACAGAAAGGUAUUAUUGGAUUGCACUCAAAUACAGAUGCAGGUAUAUAAGGCAGAUAGUGUAGUACAAUGUGAGAGUAGAAUAUAGUAAAACCUCGUGUAGAAAGUCCAGUACAGUAUAGAGUACGUAGUGUAAAAUAUGUUAGAAUAUACAGUAGUACUGUACAAUUAUACAGUACAAUGCAGCAUAGAGAAUAUAAUGCCUCACAAUCUUUCUCAUCAGCCGAUAUACAACAUUUUAGAAAUGAAAAUACGCGGAGUGUUUAGAACUAGAGAAUACUUGUGGUUUACAGGUAUAAAGUAUUAUAAACUGGCCGUUGAGAAAGAUCGUGACUCUAAUUUUACGACCAUUUCGACCAUAUGGAAACCAGGCUUAAGUAUAACCUAGACCUGACGUGUAAAACAGCAUACUAAAAAUAUCGCAUGCACUUCCUAAAGUCCGUAAUAGUUCAUGAGCAAAAGACAAAGGAAGUCAGUAUCGUAUCGUUAUCUUGAUAACUGUUCUGUUGAAUUUCUUCUGAGAUACUGCAUGGUUCUUUGGAAAAUAUAUUAUGCUUCUUUGAAGUUCUUUCAAAUCACUAUUCUUAUACAUUCCUUUAAGUUAUAUGCACGUCAUAUCAGCAUUUUGAUGCUUUGUAUUUUAAGGUUGAACACGAUACAUUGCGUGAACAAAAUAAAAGACUGCAGGAGGAUUGUGAAACAUUGAGAAGACGUUUGAUUGAACUAGAACAACAACAGGUACUUUCUAGUCACCUCUCUGGAAACGGAAGGAAAUGCCCCUACUGUCGGAAUUUAUUAUGCCUGACAGAAAUUUUCAUGAUUUAUUGAGAUUUUAAUUUAAUUGGAUUUAUUGAGACUUUUAUGCAGUGACAUUUACGAAUGUCCAUGACUAGCUAUUUAACAAUUAGUCACCGAAAGCGACGUGAUUACAAACCUAUGUUCACUAAGCCAUACUGAAGCCUGGAUGAAACGAGGAUGCAUGAGAGUUGACAGUCACGUGAUCUUGGUUAGCUGUUCUUAAUGCUUUCCCAACACUAUCAUGUAUUUUAUUUAAGUUAAAACAUGGUUGGAAUAUCAAACCUUUAUUUUGUUAAUCUGGAGCUUGAAAUGCUCCCUGUAAGAAUGUGUGAUGCCUGCUUAGUUAGUAGAAAUUUCCCAGAGAAAACAACACAGCUACAGUCGCUAGUGAACGUUCAACUCCGAACAAUCAGAAUGUGGGAAAUUUAAUAGCCACUCCAAAAUUUCUACGAAUAUACUUGUUCAUGUUCUUCAAUUAUCUUCGAUUCCCGACUAUCUAUUACACUGACGUUAAUAACCGAUAAUUAAAAUAAUUUAUAUUUCAUCUUUAUCUCUGCAGACAAAUCAUGAUCGUAUUAACAAUGCCCUACAGAAUAUGGUAGAGGAUAAACGAAGACUUGCUUAUGAGAAAGGCGUUCUACAAGUAAUGAGAAAUUUAGAUGAUAUAUAAUUCCUACAUUGCUAAUGCCUUUAUUGUAAAUCGUGUUUUUAUUAUGAAAAAUUCACUAUAUUUUUUAUUUCUUGGAAACAGUCAGAAAAUGAAAAGUUAAAAUCGAAUGCUAAAGCAGUGGACAAGCAAAUGAGAGAGGUUUGUCUGUUGACCUUAUUAUAACUAAUUUAUUUUUUUAAUAAAAUGAGAUUAAUAACUGGCGCACAUCCGUACCUAAAACUUCUUAAAGCAAAGAAAACAACUUGCUUUUGGCAAUAUCUUUCAGCAAGCUUACAUUUAUGCCACCUUGUUUUAAAACCGACAUUCCUCACUUAUCAGCAAAAAUUCUGGUUUCAACUGCUUCGAGGGUGCUUUUCCGACCACUAAAUUUGGCCACAUGCACCGAAAGGAUUUGCGUGUCUGAUUUUUUAUGAGUACAAAUUUAUGAAAUGAGACUUUAAUUAAAGUGACAAUGGUAUUUCUUGAAAUUUUAAGUAUAUUUUGAAUUUCUAAGGCCAAAAGUGGUGUUGAUGUAGCGACCGUCUAGUAUUGUGGAGGGGUUCUCAAGUUUUGAUACAUGGGGAAGUUUUCUUAUCUAUUAUUUUCAUUUCUUAACCAGAACUAAACAAAUUUAAAAGAAUACAAACAAAAACUUGGAAAUGCAGAAUGUGAAAUAAGAAACGUUAUUUUUCACAUAAUUUUUACCGUUAUCGAUUAUAGGACGUAGAUUCAAUUGCGACACUUCCUGUCACUUCUGUAUUUUGUCAUCGGACACAUCACAUAUUAAAAUAAAAAUAAUUGAUUUUCUUUUCCAUUCAGUUGAAGGGUUUUGCGUUUGACAAAGAAAAACAGACUGAGUUAUUGAUGAGAGAAAAAGAUGAAGCAAUGAAAGCAACAGAACGAGUCGUACGCGAAACAGAUCUGUACGAAAGAAAAUAUUCGAAACAGGUUAUUUAAUCAACAAUCGUUAAAGUCAAGCCUAGUCGUUAUCCUUAGGGCGAGGAUGUCCUUGGCUUCACUUUUCUCAUAGACCGAAUGACUGAAGUUCUUGCUCCAGUUAAAUAUAUAGAGCUUACUGAACCAUCUUCGUCCCCAGGCCCUCUUGCUCUUCACAACGCGACGUUGGCCUUAGGGCGAGGAUGGCAGUUUUAUAAAAAAAAUGAGCACUUAAUAUGCACUAAUUUUCACAGUAAAUUUUCUUACUACUUCUCCAAAUAAUUAUUCCCAUAUUGAUUUCCGGCAGAUUGAUUCUCUACAAGACGCUCUUAUCCAAUCAAAAGAAGACAAUAAGAAAUUGGCGGGAACACUUGACGCUGUGAUUACGUCACAUACUCAGCUCCAGUCUUCGUGCGAAAGUCUUCAAACUGAACUGGGUAAACGAGAUAGUCGACUAAUGUGUCUUGAAAAAGAAAGGUGAUGUAUUUUUUUGAAUAUUACUGUGACUGGCUGCAAGAUUAUCUUCCCAGUCAUAUUUUUCGGGUGGAUUGUCAACCCCUCCCCCAUCCCGGGAUUUCUAAUGACCCGCUCCUUCACCAAUAUUACUGACCAGUGUACUUACUUCUAAUACCCAGAUUAGAGACCGAGACAAAGAUCAUGGAUUUAAAUAACGAAGUGGAAUUAUUAAAAUCUAAACUAAUGCAUCAUGAUGAAACUGAAUCGAACGAGGUGAACGCUGUUCGUAAAACACUACAGUUAUUGGAAGAAGAUCGAGAGAAGUUACUGAACACUGUAGAACCUUUGAUGAAAACUAACAAAGAUCUUCAGGAAUCUUUGGAAGGAUUGGCGAAUGAAUUAAAACAGAAAAAUAACGAGAUUAAAAAACUACGAGCAUCUUCGGUUAACGUGAAACGGGAGAUGGAAAUAGAGACUGUUGCUAUGGAAACAAAAGUGGAUGACGUGAGAAAGGAAUUUGAUGCAGAGAUGAAGGAAGUGAAGAAGCAUCACAAGAAGGAAAUUUCUAAGGUACGAGCACUGGGCUCUAUUUUUAUCUGGAGUGAGAACUCGAGUUCAAAAAGUGAAAUAUUACACGUCAGUUUCAGUCCCUUUCUAAUGUUUUUAUCUGCGCGGUCGGACACGACGCUGCCAGGGGUGCGUCGAAAUUUUGUGUUUUGACUUCGAUUUAAAGAAAAAUAAUAUGAUUUUAUGAAUUUGAUUAGUGACAUGGUCCGUUAGAAAAAAACCCUGGAAUUAGCCGGGAGAAAUGGUAUUGAAACUGUUUACAACCUUCAUAGACAUUGGACGUCAUUGGCUUUCAUAGACAUUGGCUUCACUUUUCUAGAUAUAUUUGGAGGUCACUGGGGACGAGUGGGUUUCACCAUAGUAGCGUUCACUGGGUUUCACUGAGUCCCAUGAUUUAUUUUGUGACCGAGUAUUCUGCACAACAGAUGGCUGUUAACCUGCAGUUAUCAGAGUGAGAAUGCUAAUUUUUUUAAUUAUAUGUAGUAGUCCUGUAUUUGGUGGCAAAUAAAUGAGAGGUUUAAUUUUCCUAUAAAUGUGAACAGUUAUGAAGUUACCCACUAACUGCUGCUUCGCAACGCUUUCUGAGUCAGAGUCAUCGCGUUUGAACUGCAUCCUUUGCAAUUCAACACUUAGAGCUAAGAAAAGAUGAUUUACCUUGAAUACAAAAUCUCUUUAAUAUCAUAUUUUUAUAGUUACGUAAAGAUUUCCAGGAAAUGGUAAAACUUAAAAAUUCUUUGAAAGACGAGAACGUGACGUUGAAAAGUGUGCAAGAGGAAACCGAAACUCGACACAAGAAAUUGAGAGAAAAAUUUAGACAAACUAAACAUGAGUUAGAGGAAUGUUUAAAACUGCAUUCCGAGCAACAAACUGAAUUGGAAGCAGCAAGAGACAGAAUUCAUGUAAGAAUAUAUUGUAUUCAAAUUUCUGGAAACUUAGUUCUUCAGAACAACUAACUUUAUUAAUCCUGGAUACCUUUAUGUCAGUUCUCAACUUAUCUUCCUAGAGAUCCAUCUCUAUUGUUCCAGUAUUACUACAGGAGAAAACCUAAACAGUAUACUGAAUAUAGGUCAGUCUAAAAUCUUUAGCUUUGGAGUCCAGUAAGGGUUAUAUCUUGUUGGUUCAGUAUUACUACAGAAGGGAACUGUGCUCAGAAAAACCGCAUGGUGCCAGUUUGGUGCCAACCAUGGGAACUUUACAUGAUUAUAAGUAAACCUUGGAACAACACAGUUGUUAAUACUUUUAGACGAUGAGUCGUGAACUAGCAAUAUUAGAAAAACUCAAGUCGGAAUAUACGCAAAAUAACAUGGAACAGGUAAGGUAAUGGCAUUAUACAAGUGUUGAAAUGAAUUGCAAUUAUCGUGGAAAAUAACUCGGUCACAUUUGUUCUCUCUUGCUCUAGGCUCGUUCUCUUCAGGAAUUUAUAUCACAGUUAACAGAGCUCCAAGAAGAAUUCAGAAACUUAGCUGAAACGCAGCAAGUAACCAGUUUACUUUGCAGGUGAUAUCACUUCUAAAUUGUUCUCCUUCGUUUAAGGCCAUGUUACACGGUGCUAUCUUUCUUGCAACUUACAAUGCAAUUCUACUCUUGAGAGAUGUUAAUUAGUGAAAUCUGUGAAGAAUUUUCGACAUGUUGAGAAAACAUCAGCGGAGUGUAAUGAAGACUCGUAUCUGGCAAUUUUACAUUUCUCAAGAGUGGAAUUGCAUUGCAAGUUGCAGGAAAAAUUGCACGUGUAACAUGGCCUUUACACUUGCAAUUUUUGCUGCGAUUUUCUCCUUCUGAUGGAUGUGAACGAGUAGAGGAGUUAUGAAUGUUCGGAGUACAUGUACCCUCAUCUGAACAUUCAUAACUUAUCCACUCGUUCACAUCCAUCAGAAGAUGAAAAUCGCAUCUAAAAUCGUAGCAAAAAGUGCAAGUGUAAACGAACCUUAAAAAUAAAUGUCAUUAUUUAGUGUUCCGGUGUUUCUACAGAGGAGACCGGAUUACUUGGAGACAAUGUUUGUUAGAGUCAAACUAGAAACACUUUUCUCGCAUACGACGGGAAUAAAAUUAUAUAGUCAGACAGCUACAGAAAAUAUUUUAAAAUGUGGACAAAAUUCAGUUCCGUAUGUAGCAUAUAAUUGUUUUUAAUAAUUUUAAUUUUGUUCUUUAUAUUUACUAAUUGUUUACAUUUUUAGGGAAAAAGAUGAGCAAGUUAAGAAAGAAAAAUUACGUAGAAAAGAAGUUGAGGUGCAGUGUUACGUAAGUGGAAUUGAGUUGUAUUUUAUGUUUUUACAUAUUGUACUAAAAGUGCUUACAUUUUUAUUCGCAGAAAAUGAAAAAUCGUCAAAAACAGUUGAAGGUGAAACAGGAUGUCGCUGAACGGCAGUUAGAAGAAGCGAAUUAUGAAUCCCAGCAGGUUUGUCAGUUUUAUAUUAUGUUUAAUCAACUAGUUUAGUCUUCUUUUAUGCAUGGCUAGACAAAGAUACUAAAACACUCUUCUCAACUAAGUUAUUCUUCCCUUUUUUGCAUAUUUGUAACAGAAGGGACCUUCACUGGGAAAGGGGGCAACAUAAUUCACUAUAGAGGGCCAACAUUUGGGCUGGGGGACUUGUCUCCCCCCUCCCUAUAGUCUAAGGGUUGAAAGAGAAGACUUCAAGCUACUAAUCCAGUCAGUUCAUUUUUUUAUUGUUUUGUAUUGUAUUAUUUGAUCUAUAAAAUUAUUCCAAGACCAUUGAAACAGUAAGUAAUGUGCAACCAAUAUCACUGUAUUUAAAUCUAGGACAAUGAGCGUUUUUGGAAAAGAUGGGUAAAAUUUAACUUUUUUCAAUUCAAAACAAUACGAUAAAUUAUGUUUUCAAGGUUGCUGUUAAUUUGCAAGAGGCGCAUGAGUGGUUUAAGAAUAAAUUUACCAACCUUCAAUCGGAGCUAAACAAAUCAAGGUAAAGUCUGGUCAAACAAGAAUGUGAAUUAAUGAGAGUUGAGAGAGAGUUUUGUCAUUUUUCAUGCCUCGGUCAAACGAGAACAAGAGUUGCAUGAGAGUUGCUUGAGAGUUGAUGAGAGUUGAGAAGCGCGAGAGAGUUUUGUCAACUUUCAUGUCUCGGUCAAACGAGAACAAGAGUUGCAUGAGAGUUCAUGAGAGUUGGUUGUGAAACGCGAACGAGAGUCGCAACUCUCAUCAACUAUAAGUUGUGAAAAAAGAAAGUGAGAGAGUUUAAAUAUGGGUACCAUGAAGCUCGAUGGAAGACUAAAUAUAGGCCCUUCCAAGGUGGCGAUCUUGAAUGCAUUGUUUUCACCAUUGUAUUUGCACUCCUUGCAAAUUUCCCUAUAGGGAAUUCCAUUGUGUUUGCACCCCUUGCACUAUUGUGUUUCAUUAUGGCGUCGUUAACCUUGGAAGGGUCUACUGAAAUAUAGAAAGCAUGGCAGAUUCACUCUUUAUAUAUCUUCUUUAACAACAUCGUGUAUUUCAGAAAGAUCCAGUCAGUGCUACAGAAAGAUAAUGUACAUCAAUACAAAGCUCUUCACGAAGAGCGAAGACGGGCUGAAGAGGCAACAGAGAGAGCAAAACAAAUAAUAAAGGUGGGUUGUAGAGAACAAUGUAUCUAGUAUAACAUGAAAAAGGGCUGGGACUGUAGCCGUCAACCAGAUAUAUAUCCAAAACUAAUCAAUAUCUCCUGAAAUGUAUUAUAUUUUGUGCCCCCAAUUGUGUACAGACGGGUGUUUUCCAUCGUUUAACAUAUUUAUAAAGUUUUCGGGUAUUUUCACGAAGGAAACACAAAGAAACAAGUGACUACAUAUUGUAAAAUAGAUUUCUGUUCUAUUCAUAUUUCCACGCCUUAGAUAAGUAUUAUAAGUGACCCUUGAUUGGAGCAACUAUUACUGUUAUAAAUUCUCUUAGCGAGAUUUAUUCCUCCACUGGUUCUCAAAUGGGACUGCAUAUACUGUCGUUCUCCGAAAUCUUAUAUUCUCUUAAACAAUCGUUUUCGUUCUUUCUCUCUCGCUUACACUCAAUCUCUUACAAUCUUUAUCAACCUGCCUAACGUCCAUUUCUCACUCCUAUAUUUACUAUCUUGUUGUUCCAGCUAUGGGAACUUUUUCGCAGAGAAAUAUCAAUGUGUGAAGCACAUGUAGAAAACAUCCUGAUACUCCUUAUCUAUAUCUUGGCACAAUCCUUCACUUGGUUGACCACAAAUCAACCUACAUAACCUCUCUCACGUUCGUACAUUCCAUCUUUUACCAAAAUACUAAAAAAUUCCUUUUCUUCUUCGUAUUUCCUGUUAUUCAAAUGUUCCAGUUUACUUCUAUAUUUUAUGAUUAUUACAUUAUUAACAUGCAUUUUCAAAUUAUACAAAGUUAAAAUAAACUAUUCUAUUCUACACUAAAUCUAAGCUACUAAUUUAUAAUAAUUACAACAUUGAUUUAUUCUUUUAUAUCUUGCAAUUGAAGUCAAGUCGAGUGAUGAUUUCAAGACUGGUUGGUCAAGUGACAGAAACUUCGCAAGAAAGCAGAGAGAUCAUCGGAGCCAUGAAUCAAACUGGACAGCAGUUGUCAGACAAAAUACCUAAAGAUACGCCAUCACUUAGGUAGCAUAGGUAGCAGAGUGGGGUAUAUAGGGAUGAUUAUAGGAUCGCCGCAUCGUAAUGCAUGAGGUCGCUAGGAAAGUAGAGAAUCACGGUGUUCAUUUGUGUUCUCACAACUAGAGUUGACACAUUAGUCUGUAUUUCUAUAUUUAUUCUGUAAAUAUAUGUUUUUAUAUUAUAACGAUAAAAUAAAUAAUAUAGUUUUGUUUACCUCGAAGUUGCCACUGCAGCCUGUUUCAUCCAAUGAAGAAAUCUUCAGGUGACUGACAAAUUUCGAUUGGUAAAGGUCCUUUACACGUUGCAAUUUGUGGCGUAUGAUUUGUAUUCUGACGAAACGUACACGACAAAUCGCAACGUGUAAGUUCCUGGUUGUGGUCGAAACGUGGGCG